UUUGCUCUCAAGACGCUGACGUCAACACUUUCGUUUCGUGUGGGGUUUUAAAAGCUCUCUUAAAACAAACACCAAUGGUGGUGGCGACACGUUUCUCACGGCUCCAGCAUCUUCUUCUCCUUCAACCUAGAUUUCAGCAGUCUCGUGUUCUCCGUCGUCCUCUAAUCAGAACUCCAACACUCAUCAGAUCAGUGAUGGGUUCGUCUUCCUCUUCCUCCUCGAAGCUUCUCUUCCGUCAGCUCUUCGAGAAAGAGUCUUCCACUUAUACGUAUCUUCUCGCCGACAUUUCCCAUCCGGACAAACCUGCUCUGUUGAUUGAUCCUGUGGACAAAACUGUCGAUAGAGAUUUGAAGCUGAUCAAUGAGUUAGGAUUGAAGCUUGUCUAUGCUAUGAACACUCAUGUUCAUGCUGAUCAUGUAACUGGAACUGGUCUUCUUAAGACAAAGGUCCCAGGUGUGAAGUCCGUAAUCUCAAAAGCAAGUGGUUCCAAAGCAGAUAAGUUUGUUGAACAUGGAGAGAGAGUAUCUAUUGGUGAUUUAUACCUCGAGGUACGUGCUACACCUGGACAUACAGCAGGAUGUGUUACAUAUGUGACUGGAGAAGGAGCUGAUCAGCCCCAACCAAGAAUGGCUUUUACCGGCGAUGCUGUACUGAUCCGCGGUUGUGGGAGAACCGACUUUCAGGGUGGAUGCUCGGAUCAACUCUAUGAGUCUGUGCACUCACAGAUAUUUACAUUGCCAAAGGACACAUUGAUUUAUCCAGCUCAUGACUACAAAGGUUUCGAGGUAAGUACAGUUGGAGAAGAGAUGCAACACAACCCGCGUUUAACUAAAGACAAAGAAACAUUCAAAUCCAUCAUGUCAAAUCUGAAUCUGCCGUAUCCGAAAAUGAUUGAUGUUGCAUUACCAGCAAACAUGGUGUGUGGAUUACAAGACCUGCCUUCUCAAGCCAACUAGAAAACUUCUACACAAUUGUUUCUCUAUUUCAUUCUACGUCUUAUCAUAAGCCAAUAAAAAGCUCUAGAGAGUUUGUUUGUCUAAUAAUAAGAUCUUUGUUACAUUAGAUUAAGAUACAGUAGAAGUAUGUGCAACUUAGGUUGAGCAUAUGGAGUUUGUGUUGAAAUAUUAAAAACAUAUUUGCGUGUUCUACUUUUGUUUGGUUGUC